UUUUGUGGAUUCUUUGGGAUUUUCUAUAUACAAGAUUAUGCCACCUGCAAAUAGAGAUAAUUUACUUCUUUCUUUGUGAUCUGGGUGUCUUAUUUCAUCUGCUUGCCUGUUUGCUCGGUUAGGGCCUCUGCUACCAUGUUGAGAGGCAGUGGUGAGAGUGGACAUCCUCGUCUUAUUCUUGAUUUCAGCAGGAGCGUCCAGUCUUUCUUCUGGCAUAUGAGGUUAGCUGCGGGGUUUUGUAGAUGCCGCUUUCAGGUUAAGUUUCCUUCUGUUCUGUUCUUGAGUGGGUUUUCCAUCCUGUUUAUCAUGAAAUGGUGCUGGAUUUGUCUGCUGCUUUUUCUGCAUCUACUGAGAAAUCUUAGGGUUUUUGUCCUGCCACACUCCCUCUUACAAAACCUGAGGAACCAACUGGGCAUGGUGGCUCACACCUGAAAUCCCAGCACUUCGGGAGGCCGAGAUACUUGAGCCCAGGAGUUCGAGACCAGCCGGGGAAACAUAGGGAGGCCCCAUCUCUACAAAAAGCAAAAAACAAAAAAUGAAAAACCCUUAGAAACCUGAACUGGAAAACGCAUUGACCUCGGGAUUCUGUUGAAGGAAUGGUGGGCCUGGGCCAAGGCCCUCUUCUGGUUUGUAGAAAGGGUUAUCUGAAAAAAUAUGCAUCGCUGUUCCGCAGCCCCUGGGAGGAGGUGGCCCACCCGGAGAGUCAGCUGCUGUGUCCUGGUGUGUGUGUACCUUCCAUUGCUGAGCUGCUCAUUGUGAAAUGAUGGGACAUCUACCAGGUCUGCCUGGGCCCUGAGAGCCAGCGCUCGGCCUCUGCCCGUGGCUUCCAGCAGCUAGAUGACAUGGACACUUUGUCAGUUGGUGGCAGGGGAGGGUCGCUGAGGGUGUGUGGUGGCAGCCCGGACUCCUUUCCUGCCCGUGUCUACCGCAUUCCCACCAGCGGUCACAGUGAAAGUGCGGAAUGCAUGUGAACUCAUCUGCUUCCCACGGUCCUGGUGUCUCGGUUUUACUGGAGAAGACCAAGGCUGCAGUGCUGCUAGAGGUGAGCGGUGUGGCCUGUUGUGGCUCAGGGCCUGUCACCAAGUGCUGGUCUAGAGGUUUUGCCCCUUGGCCAUGCUCCCCAGUGAAGACACUGGGUUUAAACCCUGGUCAGGGUCAGCAGUCACGCUGGGGACCGAGUGCAGGAAGGAGGCUCCAGCUGUGCCUGGUCUCUUGUCUCCUUGGGAGUGAGAGGCUGGUUGGCAGAGAUGAUUUUGCAGGACUUCCUGUGACCUUUGUCCAGAGGCAGCACCUCUGAGGGGCUGCUGUGGGCUGGAUAGCAGGUACUUCUGCCUGUUUCUGUGUCCUGGAAGUGCUGCCGUUUGUAGGGGAUGAGGUAGGGGCCCAUCUGAGCCUGUGAGGUCCCUUCUCCCGAGCAGCGGAGCAUGUACUUAGGAAGGACCUGCCAGGUGCCCCUGCCCUCAGAGGCUCUGGGAGAGAGCUGUGUGCAAGCCCUGGGCAGGAGUUCACUGGCCUGGUCGUGUGACCUGUGGGGCAUCCUGACAGCCAGCCCUGUGCUGCAGAGGUCAGUGGGACUGGGUUUGGAUCUGGGUCCCCGCCCCAGCGUGAAGGGGCGCUGGACCACGAAGGCAGGGAAACCAGGGGGAGGCCGGCAGGACAGUCAGUGGUCCUGCUGCCGCACCCCCGUGCAGGCCUAAACCGCCCAGCCUUGGGAUGAGCGCCGCUAGGGGCGGAGGCCGCGCCCGGGGGCGGGGCUGGCCGCUGGGGGCGGAGCGGGGCGGGCCGCUGGGGCGGGGCCCAGCUUGUCUCCCUUUCCCGGAGGCUGGCAGAUGCGCGUGGUGCGGCUGCUGCAGCUCCGGGCGGCUCUGACGCUGCUCGGGGAGGUCUCCCGCCGCCAGGCCUCCCGGGGCGUCCCGGGCUCGCGCAGGACGCAGAAGGGCAGUGGAGCCAGAAACAGCCAGAAAGGCCCUUUCAGAAAUGUCUGUCGCACAUGCUUUCCCCUCUCAGACCCUUCAGAGACUUCCUGUUGCUCCGAGGGCACUCAUCCCAGCCGACCAGGCCCACCAGGCCCCCAACAGCACUACCUGGCUGGGGUCACGUGCGGGUUUCCUGGCCCUGGCAGGUGGGAGGAGGAGAAGCACGAAGACAGGGUGAAGUGGAGACAGCUGGAGCACAAGGGCCCGUACUUUGCACCCCCAUACGAGCCCCUUCCCGAUGGAGUGCGUUUCUUCUAUGAUGGAAAGCCUGUGAGAUUGAGUGUGGCAGCAGAGGAGGUCGCCACUUUUUAUGGGAGGAUGUUAGAUCAUGAAUACACAACAAAGGAGGUUUUCCAGAAGAACUUCUUCAAUGACUGGCGAAAGGAAAUGACGGUGGAAGAGAGGGAAGUCAUCAAGAGCCUGGACAAGUGUGACUUCACGGAGAUCCACAGAUACUUUGUGGACAAGGCCGCAGCCCGGAAAGUCCUGACCAGGGAGGAGAAGCAGAAGCUGAAAGGAGAGGCAGAAAAACUUCAGCAAGAGUUCGGCUACUGUAUUUUAGAUGGUCACCGAGAAAAAAUAGGCAAUUUCAAGAUUGAGCCGCCUGGCUUGUUCCGUGGCCGUGGCGACCAUCCCAGGAUGGGGAUGUUGAAGAGAAGGAUCACGCCAGAGGAUGUGGUUAUCAACUGCAGCAGGGACUCGAAGAUCCCCGAGCCGCCGGCGGGGCACCAGUGGAAGGAGGUGCGCUCCGAUAACACUGUCACGUGGCUGGCAGCGUGGACCGAGAGCGUUCAGAACUCCAUCAAGUACAUCAUGCUGAACCCUUGCUCAAAGCUGAAGGGGGAGAAAGCUUGGCAGAAGUUUGAAACAGCUCGACGCCUGCGGGGAUUUGUGGACGAGAUCCGCUCCCAGUACCGGGCCGACUGGAAGUCUCGGGAAAUGAAGACGAGACAGCGGGCGGUGGCCCUGUAUUUCAUCGAUAAGCUGGCGCUGAGAGCAGGAAACGAGAAGGAGGACGGUGAGGCGGCUGACACCGUGGGCUGCUGUUCCCUCCGCGUGGAGCACGUCCAGCUGCACCCAGAGGCCGAUGGCUGCCAACAUGUGGUGGAAUUUGACUUUCUGGGGAAGGACUGCAUCCGCUAUUACAACAGAGUGCCGGUGGAGAAGCCUGUGUACAAGAACUUACAGCUCUUUAUGGAGAACAAGGACCCCCAGGACGACCUCUUCGACAGGCUGACUACAACCAGCCUGAACAAGCACCUCCAGGAGCUGAUGGACGGGCUGACGGCCAAGGUGUUCCGGACCUACAACGCCUCCAUCACUCUGCAGGAGCAGCUGCGGGCCCUGACGCGUGCCGAGGACAGCAUAGCAGCUAAGAUCUUAUCCUACAACCGAGCCAACCGAGUCGUGGCCAUUCUCUGCAACCAUCAGCGAGUGACGCCCAGUACGUUCGAGAAGUCGAUGCAGAAUCUCCAGACGAAGAUCCAGGCAAAGAAGGAGCAGGUGGCUGAGGCCAGGGCAGAGCUGAGGAGGGCGAGGGCUGAGCACAAAGCCCAAGGGGAUGCCAAGUCCAGGAGUGUCCUGGAGAAGAAGAGGCGGCUCCUGGAGAAGCUGCAGGAGCAGCUGGCGGGGCUGAGUGUGCAGGCCACAGACAAGGAGGAGAACAAGCAGGUGGCCCUGGGCACGUCCAAGCUCAACUACCUGGACCCCAGGAUCAGCAUUGCCUGGUGCAAGCGGUUCAGGGUGCCGGUGGAGAAGAUCUACAGCAAAACACAGCGGGAGAGGUUCGCCUGGGCUCUCACCAUGGCAGGAGAAGACUUUGAAUUCUAACGACGAGCUGUGUCUGUGUCGAAACUUCUUUGUGUGUGUGUUUUUUUCACUAUUAAAGCAGUAUUGGGGAAUUUUGUACAAUAAAA